AUGGAUUUUGAUAAUUCGAUGACGGAUUUCGAUAAUUCGAUGAUUAAUUCCAUUUCCAGGCGCCAUUAUGGUAUCGAAGUUGAUAUUUGGGCUGCCGGUGUUAUCGUGUACUUGCUCAUCUACGGCGAAUAUCCCUUCAACGGUGUGCUCCGAGAAGACGAAAUAUUCCCCAAGAUUCAAGACAGCGAUUUAGUUUUUCCCCCACGGCGCCACAACUCUCCAUCCAACUUAGCUCUUGAUUUCAUGCGUCGUUGUUUGUGUAAGAAUCCGAAAGAAAGGAUAACAGCCGCUGAAGCUCUUGAGCAUCCCUGGCUCCGUGACAAAAAUUCGAGUCUUUCCCAGGAUGCUUAUCCAUUAAUCGAUGAAGAAAUAAUCUCUAAGAUAAAUCCAGAUCUUUAG